AUGUCAAAUAGUGGUGGUGGAAAAAGUAACAAGAAUUCAAAUCGAAGUAAUAACGCAACAAACAUGGAAUAUUAUUAUUCUUGUUUUACCUUUUAUGCUCCGCUUCAUCAACGUGAGUAUUUAACUGCAAAGAUCCCAACACCAAAUUCUAGUGCAUCUUCUAGUGCUGCUCGUUCAAAUUCUCAUAAUCAGCAACAGAAUAUAGCUAGCGCUGUGACGUCAAAACCAGCUUAUGAAACUGCGCGUAUAUGCCUACCAAAUAAUACAACACAAGACAUAAACCUACCGGUUGUUCCACGUGAAAAUUUGGAAUUCAAAUCGUUGCAACGGCAACCACAACCAAACCUAAUAGGUUUGAAUAGUGAACAAGUUAAUCAGCGAUUGAACAAUGAUUAUAUAUCUCAAUAUUCAAAUAGUCAAUAUCCUUCGUCAUCGUUCUCGUAUUAUUCGACUGCAAUAUACCCAGAUUCUUUUCAACAACUAGUUCCUACCUCGGUCCAUUUUAAUAAUAACAAUUCUGAACAGUUUCAAAAUCAAAGUCCAAAAAUGAAUCAAGUGACUGGACCAAUUCGUCGUACUCCGAUUAUAAAACAACAAUCCCUCGCUGCUGCCCCAUAUCCCACAAAUAGUGCUCAAAAACAACGCACCCAUGAAGUGACAUCUUCUCAUGUUCCUCAAUCUAUUAAACCUAUAGCAAAUGAACCUAUAGCAAAUGGAUCUAUCUCUCAAGAGACACAAGGUUCAUAUCAAGUUUCUUCUGCUCAAAAUAACACACAAAUCACCGAUAAUGCAAAUACAAAUAUCCAACAACAAUUAAAUUAUGCUGAAGAUCUAUCAAUAAGUGAUCAAACGCAAAGUAUGAUUAUCCAAGCAAAUGGAUCAAUAGAACAUUUUCUAAUCGAUCCCGACUCUUACGAAAGUUAUGCAAAAACGUUUUCUAACGUACAAAAUGAUAAGUGCAUAAAUGAAUCUAUUAAUAUUUCCACGAACAAUAACAAUUUAAUUCUUGAAGAUAAUGAUGAAAUACCGACAAAUGAUAUAAACAGUCAAGACACUUUUUAUUCGAUUUUCGGAAAGGAUUUAGAUUGGCAAAACAUUUUACCCGAAGAUGGAUUCGAUCCAAUUCCCGAUCUCAGCGAUAAUAGCAAUGUGGUAGAAUCAAAAAAAGACAUUGAACCAAUUAAUGAAAACUUAAUUGAUGAGCUUUCAAAUUCUGAAACAAAUGAUAAUACGAAUGAAUUUGCUGAAAAUAUAAUAGUUCAAUUAAGUCAUAAUCUUUCUUCGACUAGUCAAUUAUCUGAUAGUGAUCAAUCACGAAACGAGGGUAACGAUAAUUCACAAAUCUUAGUUGCCGAUGAUACAGAAACGGGAAACGGAGAAAGCUCUCGCACAUUUAACAAUGAUACUAUUCCACAAUUUCUACCUAAUAAUCGUGAAGCGUGGGAAAUAGCAUCCGACAAUAGUGGAGAACAAUCUCAAACACAUCAAGAAUCAAAUGAUAGCGAAAGCUUCAAUCGGUUUGCAUUCUUCCGAGCAAUGCGGACCAGAUUAGAUACACUAGCAAAGUUUAUAAAAGGUUCAUUUAGUAAUGAACGGAAUGAAGGAGUUGGUCUCUGGGAACGAAUUUUUCCAUUGAUCAAACAAGAAUGUACGCAUAUUCAAAGAUUGGUAGACGCAACUGAAUGGAAAUCCCUAGAUUUUCCAAAAAGUCGCACUCAAUUUCCUUUAGAAGUUGUCGAUCGUGAACUUAUGGAAAAAAGUUAUGUGCCGAAACAUGCUGGCGAAUUCCAAUGCCCACUACAAAUAAUAAAAGACGGUAAUGAUGGCUUUCGCGCGAUCUCAAUUUUAUUGAAUGCUACCGAGAUAGGGAUAAAUCGUGAUAAUUUCUACGAAGAACUUCGUGUACGAACGGCUCUAACCAUGAUUAAUAAACAAGAUUCGACCCGAAGAUUAUUUGAUUCACAUCUUGACGAAGUUUCCAUGAAGGGAGGAAAUAUCAAGCUAAGUCAAAUUGCUCGGGAAUAUUAUCACGCGGAAACUUUGGAAUUCAUGGAAUUAUUAAGAGUGCCAUCGAAAUCACCGGAUUAUGAUAUAAUACCGUGGCAAAUCGAGGCGUUACGCACUUGUAUGGACGGCCACCAAAUCGGGGUGCCCCAAUUAUUGACGAUGGCAAAUAUGUUAAAGGCGACGAUAAGAAUAAUGCAUCCCAAUUAUAGCAAUACGAAUUUCCGAGUACCAAUUAAAUGUAAAGGAAACUCUAAACGCAUUUUCGUUAUUACGAUGUUGGAUUCAGAGCUAAAAGCUGAAGAAGAAUUAUUAGAUUAUUUCAUUGCUCCAUUGAUCAGAAAAAUUGAUAUUUUUGAAGUGAUUAAGAAUCCAGAUCGAUUUUCGGAUAGACAAGAACAAAUGCAGUCUCCUCAAUCAUCCUUGACAAAUAUCCUUUCUCAACAACACAACUCUCUAAAAUUACCACAAAAUCAUCAUCAGCAUAAUUAUCAACUUCAAUCGCAACAACCGCCACGACAACCACAAUAUCAACUUUCGCAACCACAAAAUGAAGAUUCGUCAAUUUUUAAUAACGUUAUAGUUACCACAGGAGCAAAUGAACGAACAGACAAAGGGAAAGGGCGAGCUUAUUAA